AUGGAUCCAGGAAGCUCCAGUUGUUUAUUCCCUACGUCACCGCCACCGUACAAUUCGAUGACAGUCUCUUUCGAUCAACUGAAGGAAGAAACUGACACCCACAACAAUGACGGUGGUGUGCCACUCUGCCGAGUUUGCGAGCGUGGAUACGAUGGUUCGCAGCAUUUCGGCGUAGAGGUAUGUCGAGCAUGUGCAGCAUUUUUUCGUCGUGCUAUCGAGGGCCGAAAGAAGUUUGUUUGUCGCAAAGGAGGUGACAGCUGUCAGCUCAACGUAGUGCAAUGCAAGCGACCAGCCAUUCGCGAAAAUCUUUCAAGCUACUCCCCAGACGUCCCAUCGACUUCGGGGGAGAUAAUGCCGUUUCGGGCCAAUCUGGACAUUUCCGGCGACGGUAGCUCGUCGUUUCAUGGUACAAUCUUCCGUCCGAUACCGACAGUAAAUCCUGUCUAUUCUACUGCAAGUUCUAAGCCGAACCUCAUCUAUAGAGUGCUCCAGAACUAUCGAAAAAUGUACGACGAAAGAUGGGUAAUGGAGUUAGAAAUACCUGGAGGAGAAGAUGCACCUACCUACAAUGCUGCUGGAAAGGUGUUGAGUUCUUCUGAUAUUCAAUGA